GAGGAGUCGGUCGGAGUCCCUGGGCUGAGAGCUCGAGAGCUGCCGCCGCCACCACCCCCCGCCGCGUCACGGCUCCCGGGCCCGCCCUCCUGUGGCCCCUCCUCCCCACUCCGCUUCCCCCCCUCUUCUCCCCCGCCCCUCCGGCCGAGCGGUGACUUAAGCAACGGAGCGCGGUGAAGCCCAUUUUUCUCCUUCCUCGCCGCCGCGCUGGGCAGCUCGCGGCGCGUGGCCCGCACACUCCCGCCCGAGAUGAAUGCUGCGGCAGACGCCGAUUUCAACAUCCUCCUAGCUACUGACUCCUACAAGGUUACUCACUAUAAACAGUACCCACCCAAUACCAGCAAAGUUUAUUCCUACUUUGAAUGCCGUGAAAAGAAGACAGAAAACUCAAAAAUAAAGAAGGUGAAAUACGAGGAAACAGUAUUUUAUGGGUUGCAGUACAUUCUUAAUAAGUACUUAAAAGGUAAGGUUGUGACCAAAGAGAAGAUCCAGGAAGCCAAAGAGGUGUACAGAGAGCAUUUCCAGGAUGAUGUCUUUAAUGAAAAGGGAUGGAACUACAUUCUUGAGAAAUAUGAUGGGCAUCUUCCAAUAGAAAUAAAAGCUGUUCCUGAGGGCUAUGUCAUUCCCCGAGGAAAUGUUCUCUUCACAGUGGAAAACACAGAUCCAGAGUGUUACUGGCUUACAAAUUGGAUCGAGACUAUUCUUGUUCAGUCCUGGUAUCCAAUCACAGUGGCCACAAAUUCUAGAGAGCAGAAGAAAAUAUUGGCCAACUAUUUGCUGGAAACAUCUGGUAACUUAGAUGGUCUGGAGUAUAAGUUACAUGAUUUUGGCUACAGAGGAGUUUCUUCCCAAGAGACUGCUGGCAUAGGAGCGUCUGCUCAUUUGGUUAACUUCAAAGGAACAGACACAGUAGCAGGAAUUGCUUUUGUUAAAAAAUACUAUGGAACGAAAGAUCCUGUUCCAGGCUAUUCUGUUCCAGCAGCAGAACACAGUACCAUAACAGCUUGGGGGAAAGACCGUGAAAAAGAUGCUUUUGAACAUAUAGUAACACAGUUUUCAUCAGUGCCUGUAUCUGUGGUCAGCGAUAGCUAUGACAUUUACAAUGCAUGUGAAAAAAUAUGGGGUGAAGAUCUAAGACAUUUAAUACUGUCAAGAAGUACAGAGGCACCACUAAUAAUCAGACCUGAUUCUGGAAAUCCUCUGGACACUGUAUUAAAGGUUUUGGAUAUUCUGGGUAAGAAGUUCCCUAUUACUGAGAACUCAAAGGGCUACAAGUUGCUACCACCUUAUCUUAGAAUUAUUCAAGGGGAUGGAGUAGAUAUUAAUACUCUACAAGAGAUUGUAGAAGGCAUGAAGCAAAAAAAAUGGAGUAUUGAAAACAUUGCUUUCGGUUCUGGUGGAGCUUUGCUACAGAAGUUAACAAGAGAUCUGUUGAAUUGUUCCUUCAAGUGUAGCUAUGUUGUAACCAAUGGCCUUGGGAUUAAUGUCUUCAAGGACCCCGUUGCUGAUCCCAACAAAAGAUCCAAAAAGGGCCGAUUAUCUUUACAUAGGACACCAGCAGGGAAUUUUGUUACACUUGAGGAAGGAAAAGGAGACCUUGAGGAAUAUGGUCAUGAUCUUCUCCAUACUGUCUUCAAGAAUGGGAAGGUGACAAAAAGCUAUUCAUUUGAUGAAAUCAGAAAAAAUGCAGAGCUGAAUAUCGAACUGGAAGUAGCGCCUCAUUAGGGUUUAUGACUGGGUGUGCGUGCUCGCCUGCGUGUGUGUGUACAUGUGCAUGCAUGCACGUGUGCACCAGCGUGUGAGUAUGUAAUCAUGUUUAUUGUACAGAUGUGGGGGGUUUCUUUGUGUUUUAUGAUACAUUACAGCCAAAUUAUUUGUUGGUUUAUGGACAUACUGCCCUUUCAUUUUUUGUUUUUUUCCAGUGUUUAGGUGAUCUCAAAUUAGGAAAUGCACUUAACCAUGUAAAAGAUUAAUGAUAAGUAAGCUUUUUAGGGCCCUUUGCCAAUAGAUAGUAAUUCUAUCUGGUAUUGAUCUUUUCACAAAUAACCGAACCCAGAAACUUUUAUAUAUAACUGAAGAUCACAUAAAACAGAUUUGCAUAAAAUUAUCAUUGAUUGCUUUAUGUUUAUAUUUAACUUGUAUUUUUGUACAAACAAGAUUGUGUAAGAUAUAUUUAAAGUUUCAGUGAUUCAACAGUCUUUCCAACUUUUCAUGAUUUUUAUGAGCACAGACUUUCAAGAAAAUACUUGAAAAUAAAUUACAUUGCCUUUUGUCCAUUAAUCAGCAAAUAAAACAUGGCCUUAACGAGUUGUUUGUGUUAUUGUACAAUUUGAAAGUUAUGUCAGGACAUACCCUAUAGAAUUACUAACCUCACUGCCCCUUGUAGAAUAUGUAUUAAUCAUUCUACAUUAAAGAAAAUAAUGGUUCUUACUGGAAUGUCUAGGCACUGUACAGUGAUUAUAUAUGUUGGUCAUUGUAUUGUACCAGUGAAAUGCCAAAUUUGAAGGCCUGUACUGCAAUUUUAUAUGUCAGAUAUUGCCUGUGGCUCUAACAUGCACCUCAAGAUUUUAAGGAGAUGUUUUUAGAGAGAAUUUCUGCUUCCACUACAGAAUAUAUACAUAAAUGUAAAAUAUUAACAAAAGUGGAAGUAGUGUAUUUUAAAGUAAUUACACUUCGGAAUUUAUUUUUCC